AUGGAAUUCAGUUCCAAGGAAGCUGUUAUUAAGGCGAUGAAGGAGUAUACCCUCCGAAGAUCUGUAGACUACCGUGUGUAUGAGUCGGAGCCGUUGACAUUUUAUGCGAAGUGUACACAGUACGGGUCAGGGUGUGAUUGGCUUAUAAGAGUCAGCAUGAUCAGCAAAAAGUACUGUUGGGUUAUUAGGAGGUACAACGGCAGUCACACUUGUACCAGAGCUACCAUCUCCCAGGAUCAUUCAAAGCUGGAUUCAAUUACAAUUGCAGAAGCCAUUAAGCCGUUGGUUGAGGCUGACUCCUCUUUAAAGGUGAAAUCAGUUAUUGCAGAAGUGCAGUCGAAGUUUAACUACACCGUCAGUUAUCGGAAAGUAUGGUUGGCUAAGCAGAAGUCAAUUGAGAAAAUAUUUGGAGGUUGGGAGGCAUUCUAUGAAGCGUUGCCCAUAUGGUUCGAGGCCAUGUGUCAUAAGGAGCCAUCAGCCAUCGUACAUUUUGAGACUAUGCCAGCAUAUCAGGGGGAUGACCUGGUAAGUGAUAUCCGGGUAUUGCAUCGAGUAUUUUGGAGCUAUUACCCCUGCAUUAGAGCAUUCAGGCAUUGUAAGCCAGUUGUCCAGGUGGACGGGACUCACUUGUACGGAAAGUAUAAGGGUUGCUUGUUAGUGGCGGUCUCGCAGGAUGCUGUCGAGCGCAGUCACGGAACUUGGUCACCUCCUAGAGCUUUUCACAUGUUUUGUAUUAGGCAUAUAGAGUCGAACUUUCUGCGGAAAUUCAAGGCACCGUACCUACAAAAGCUUGUCGUCAAUAUAGGAUAUUCAAGGAUGGUUCGCGAGUAUGAAUUUUGUUACCAGCGUUUACGAGAGCGGGGUGAAGUGUACAGUAACUGGUUAGACCGUAUUUCCCGUGAACAAUAUGCAUUGGCAUUCGAUGGUGGUUACCGAUGGGGUCACAUGACGACUAAUCUAGUGGAAUGCAUAAACUCAGUCUUGAAGGGUGCACGCAAUCUCCCCAUCACUGCACUUGUGAAGGCAACAUUCUACAGACUUAAUGAGUUGUUCACACGUAAAAGAGCCGAGGCGGAGGAUCGGAUUAAUGCUGGCCAUGUCUUUUCUGAGCAUGUGACCUCCAAACUUCAUGCAAAUCAACUUGCAUUAGGAAACAUUCAGGUUAAUUGCUUCGACAGGCAGAAUGAGGUCUUUGAAGUGCGUGAGAUGCCAAGUGGAGUGGAGUAUGCUGUUGACCUCCGUAAUCAAAGAUGUGACUGUGGUGAGUUCCAAGUGGACCGGAUUCCUUGCCGGCAUGUGUUUGCUUGUUGUGCAAAUCAACGACUAGAUUGGCAGGUGUAUGUGCAUGAUGUUUAUAAGAUGGACCAAAUUAGACGUGUUUAUCGGGCUAGGUUUAGGCCACUCGGGAAUCCAACUACGUGGCCUUCUUACACUGACGGAUUUGAGGCAGCAAGGUUUGAGGUUUCAGGGAGGAGGAAUAAGGCAUGCAAGCCGUUGGGUGGGGAAAGUGACGAUGAGAAAAGGGGUUCUUUGCGGUUAAAUGGGCCACCGAACUUGGGAGCUACGGGGAGGCGAUACGUGGAGAGAUCUGGGACAAAUCGGACGGUCCGCGUCCUCACUACAAGUCCCUCGAUCUGA